GAAGUGUUUAUUUUGGCAAAUCCAGAGUAAUCAUAAUGGGUUUUUCUUGUCCCCGUUGUGUCCAAACGUAUCGCUCCUUCGCCAUUUUCCGUCGAAAGUUGUCUACGUCCAGCACAAAUCCGAGUUUCUUCGAAAAACGGCGCGUCGUCAUCACCGGGCUAGGAGUAGUUUCACCGGUCGGUUGUAGUGCAGCAAAAGCAUGGGCCAACGUUCUUUCGGGAAUAUCCGCCGUGGGCAACCUAACGGAUGCUCCAUAUGAGAAGCUUCCUUGUCGGGUGGCGGCUCAGAUCAAUCGCGAUGAACUGGAUGUAGAGAAGCACUUCACCAAAAGCGAGCUGAAAACGAUGGCUCGGGCUACUGCAUUUGCAAUGAUAGCUGCCAAAGAAGCACUCGAGGGUGCUAGGUGGACCCCGCUAGCCGAGGAUGUCAAUGCAUGUCAACAAACGGGUGUUGCCAUCGGGAUGGGUAUGGUGGAUCUUGGGGACGUUUGUGAAACGAACGAAGCACUGAAGAAGGGCUACAACAGGGUAAGUCCUUUCUUUGUCCCAAGAAUUUUACCAAAUAUGCCUGCUGGCCAGUUGAGUAUCAAAUAUGGAUUUCGAGGUCCAAAUCACUCUGUUUCAACGGCCUGUGCAACGGGAGCACAUUCCAUCGGAGAUGCAUUUAAGUUUAUUCAACGUGGUGACGCGGACGUUAUGGUCUGCGGUGCUGCAGAGGCAUGUAUAAGUCCACUAGCGAUCGCUGGAUUUUGUAGACUACGAGCGUUGAGUACAUCGUUCAAUGAUAAUCCUCAAAAGUCAUCGAGGCCAUUUGAUGAUGCUCGAGAUGGCUUUGUCAUGGGAGAAGGAUCGGCAAUAUUUGUUCUGGAAGAAUUGACCCAUGCCAAAGCUAGAAAUGCUGACAUUGUAGGUGAAAUCCUGGGAUAUGGCCUUUCUGGCGAUGCAUCCCAUUUGACAGCGCCUCGGGAGGAUGGAAUCGGUGCAAUGUUAGCAAUGGGCAGAGCAUUGAAGGACGCCAAUAUGGUACCGGCGGAUAUCGGAUACAUCAACGCACAUGCAACUUCAACACCAAUCGGCGAUGCAAUUGAAGUUCGAUCGAUUCGGACUUUGUUCAGUGAUAAUUGGAAGCAAUUAGCUGUUUCCUCUACGAAGGGGGCACACGGGCAUCUGCUUGGUGCUGCAGGAAAUCUAGAAUCACUAUUUACAGUACUGGCGUGCCGAGAAGGGAAACUGCCUCCAACGAUCAAUUUAGAGAAUGUUUCUGAAGAGAUGCAAGGAAUGAACUUUGUUGCUAACAAGGCUCAGGAAUGGAAACCAGCAGAAGACAAAAGACGCGUUGCAUUGAAAAAUUCGUUCGGAUUCGGAGGAACAAAUGCGUCACUUUGCUUUGCUGAAUAUAGAGAAUGAAUAUUGUUGAACAAUGAAUAUAGUUAGAUUUUUGUUAAUCGGUGA